CCUUCCUUUCACGCGCUGCCCGCUGCGUUACUCCUCUGUAUAAACUCCCCAUUUGAUGCCCACCUAGAAGAAAAGGAAGCAAGUCCUUUUUUUAACUGAAUACCGUGGUGUUUGUCAAAAUGUCUGCUCAAGAAAUACUGCCCACCUGAAGUCUGAGCUAAGCUCGUGCCAUUCAAGAUGAAUCUUUCUCGAGUCCAAAUGCCCUUUGGUGCUUUCAGCUAGGAGAAUUCUUCAGAAGUUCUCCUCUCUACGUCACGGACACUUUUCUGGCAUUUCGAGAAGAGGGCCUGCAUGUGGUAGUAGUUGAGAUAACUGGGCUGCCUCUGUUCGAGUCUGAGGUACCUCAAUCACUCCACAGCAUUUAUUCCGAUUCCUAUGCUUCCAUCAAGCAGUCAUGCAUACACUACCUUUUUUCCCCCCACCUUGAACUAUGAGUAAUGAUACCAUAUUUUCUUCGGAGUGAGCUCCGCAUCUGGAAGCCCAAUUGGGCCCUGAAUCUGGGUCGGUCUAAUGAUACCAUAUUUAACCCGCCAUUGGUCGAGAUGUUUAAAUGAGCAGAGAGGAAAGAGGCAUGAUGAAAUGUUUCGGGCUCAACUCUCCAGCCAUGAGAAAUCUCAGUACCCAGAAAGCAGAAGCUUGCAGGUUUGCAAAGAUCUUCAAUUUCCUGCAAGAUGAAUCUCAUCAGACAUUUUUCAGUUGAAAUUUGGUUCCUGGAAAUGAAUGCAGCAUUUAGUAAUUGCCAGAGAAGAACUUAAAGGAACAAUUAACGUUUGCAUGUUUUGAAUGCUUGGGUAGAGAGAUUUUGACUUGCUAAUAUUGUCUGCAAUGGCAAAAAGGUCCCCAAGAAGCCAUGUCCGACGAGCAAAGGACCGGCUAGUAUGUGUGUGGGGUCUAAUAAGUAUUUUGGAUUUUCGCCAUUUUACGUCUCCUCGGAGGAUGCUCACUUACAGAAGGCAGAGAAGCAGAGAACCUGUUGGUUCAGGCAAAUUGGCGUACAAGAUUGAAGAUUCAUCUGUGGUUGAUGAGAAUCUCGGUGGAAUUCGGGUUGAUCGGGAGGCAACAACUUGUGUCAAGACACUUAUAGAAAAAGAAAUAGUGAAAGAGCCUAGGCAUUCUGAUUCAAGAUGGGAAGGUCACCUAAAGAAGAAAAAUGGUAAAAGGGGUAAGACGGGGUUCAAGCAAAGCCAAUUUCUGAAUAACGGGGACCUGGAAGACGGGAAAAACUGGGAGUCCAAGUGCCCGUGUCAGCAAAUUACGGAGCAGCAUUUGGAAAACAUUAUCACUGAGAAGGAUAUAAUUAAAGAAUUUUGUGACCAAGAUUAUCCUCAUCAUCACGAGGAAAGACUUCAUGAAGCAGUUAAGCAGGUUUUAAGUCAACAGCUUUUUUGUGGGAUUCACAAAGAACUAGUAAAUGUCCUUCAGUCUUCACAGGGUUCUCAUUUUACGAGAGACAAACUGUCCAACGCACUUGCAGAAUCCGACUUGUCCAGAGAUGGCAAGUAUAAGCAACUUAACUUUUUUGGGAAGGAAGCCGGGUUUCGAGGGAUAAGGUCAUCAGAUGGAGAUGAGCACUCUCAAGUGCCUAAUACAAUCGUCCUUUUGAACCCCAAGUUGAUAAAUCCCGAAACAGCUCCAUUGCAAAAUACUGGUGAUAAAGGGCGCAGUGAAAGGAUAAUUACAUGGUCCUUUCUCUCUAGCAUCAGGAAAAGGCUGAAAAGUGCUAUUUCUUCAACUAAAGACCGUUUCUAUAUGGAAAAGGUGCCUCAAGUCAAAGCAGGAGAGGAGAACCAUAAGAUGGGUGAUAAUUCCGAUCUAAGGGUGUCAAAGAUCUAUAUUGAGGCCAAGAAAUAUCUGUCUGAGAUUCCUAGCGAUUGCGAUCAAGGUUCAGAAAUUUUGACUUCUGAGUUCAGUGAUAAACUUGGCAGAAUACUUUCACUUCCUGUGUUUAGCUGUUCUCCUAUAGGAAGUCCGAAAAGAGAUAACUCUCUAACUGUUUUUCCAAAGGGUGAAUGUCCAAGAGAUAUAGGAAACAAUGUAGACAGUAGUACAGUAGUUCCUGGAGAACAAGUUAUAGAGUCGAGCAUUUGUGGAACAGUAGGGGAAGAGACUGCAGUUGUCACUGUAGAUCAUACAGGCUUAGAAGAAAACACAGGAGAAUCUGAUGAGUUCUCUCCUGAAAACUGCACCACUGGACAUUUAUGUGAAGCAUCAGAUGACAAUGACUGCGGCCAACUCAUGCGAAAGAAUCUUAAUGAUGAGAAUGCACCCGUGGUUUCUCCAUUUACGUCUCUGCCAAGUGCUUUUUUCAUGGAGAAAGCAGAGCAGCCCAGUCCAGUAUCUGUUCUCGAGCCAUUAUUUACAGAGGACCAGUAUAGCCCCACAAGGACCAAAAUCCAAUCUCGAGGACAUCCAAUUCAGCUUCUACAAAUUGAGUUUGACGAAAGAGUCGACCCGUCCACCACUCAAAACAUCUAUACAGAAACCUUAGAUAUUGACUGCGUCAAAGCAGUACUUCACGCCUGCAAAAUAAAUUGGGAUGAGCUGUACUUGAAGUCUCUAUCAUCGGACCAAUUACUCCCGUUGACGGUGCUUCGAGACACAGAUUUCUUCGGGGGCUUUCCUUUUCAUGGCGAGAAGAUUCUCCUUGACUGCAUCAAUGAGGUUCUCUUGGAGUUCUGCAAGCACUACUCUGUGCUUCCCUGCUAUUGUUUCUCCAACAAGAUAAAUGCCACUCAUAAAGUGUGCGAACGUGUCCACUGGCAUCUCCUUCAACCCCCUAUGCCUCGUACACUCGAACAGAUCGUUGGGAAAGACUUAUCAGGGAUGGAAGCCUGGAUGGACCUGCGUUUGGAGGCGGAAAACCUCGGUGUUGUAAUGGGUGAAAUUAUUCUCGAAGAAUUGAUUCAGGACACAAUUAUGGAUUGUGUGAAUGAGGCCUUAGAGAGCGAGCAGUUGCCCAUCUUUUUUCUGUUGGGCAGACGGAGAACUAGGCAGCAUUAGCCUGUAAAUAUGACAGGGGCCUGCUUUUCUACCAAAUAGUUCAGCCUUUUUUGGUCAGUUAACUACCUUGGUGGAUUUCCUUCUGCACAGACAGAAGUGCGAGGUGAUUAUAUGUCAACUGGAGCGUCAGCCUGUCCAUAGCUUAUCCUCUCUCUCUCGCUCUCUUUUCCAUUUUAGUUUCUUCACCUGUACCUUGUAUUGCAUAAUGUUGAUACUGCGACAAUUACUGUUGAAGAUGUAAAUAUGCUUUGAAUAAUCCAAGUUUCAACAGAAGAUGUAAAUA